AGAAGGAAGGUGCCUCCUCUUCUCUGUUUCGACGGGACCAAGCGGCCCUGUGGCGAUGCCCAUCCCCAGCAAGCACCCCAACAUCGGCCGCUCGCAGAGCUGGGAUGCUGCCGGCUGGUAUGAGGGCAACUGGGAGAGUGAGAACGCCUUCGAGUACCAAAGGCCACCGGGCCGGAGGAGCUCCCUGACCUACGGCGGUGAGGGCGGCUGGUAUGAGCCUCCGCGAGCCAACGAUAUCAUCUUGCAGGGCGGUGCGGAGCUGAAGCAAGAGGCGUACCCGUACCAGGAUGCUGCCUUUGCCCCAGGGCCCAUCAGGAAGGGCUCCAUCCCUGACUUCGCCUACUGCGACCGGCAGGCGGCCAUGGCAGGCCGGGGUUCCCUCCUGCCCCAGGAUUACUACAGUGACCCGUCCCUGGCGGCUAGGUCACCCAAGGACCCUCGCUGCUACCGUGACCACGUGGUGAGCAGGCCACCAGUGAGCUACGGGGCACCUGGCAGCCGGUUGUCCUGGGACCAGGCCCCAGGCCGCCCGCCUGCCCCGCCGGAGGCUGCCCGCCUCUACCGGGACCCCAAGAUGGCCCUGGACGGGCAGCGGAUGCGCGGCAGAGAAGUCUCCCCGGCACGGUACGGCACGGAGCCCCCCGGCACGCGGUACGCAGCCGAGCCGCCCGCUUUCCCUGGCAGGCAGGGCUACGGCGACGGGGCAGAGCGGCCCCUCGAAGCGGCGGCGGUGGGCAGGCAGGCAGCCCCCACCUGCCUGGUGGUGGACCCCAGCAGCAGCGCCGGCGGCGGAUACGGGCCAGGCAGAGACAGUGCUGGCACCAAGGGCCCCUACGACAGCUAUGAUGCAGCGGUGGUGACCCCUUCCCACCCACCAGUGCCUCCCACCUUCCCUGGACCAGAGGUGAAGAGGAGCUUUGACCCUGAGUUUGUGGCACUGCUGAGAGCGGAGGGCGUCUCGGAGAGCACCUUUGCCGCCUUGCUGCAGCAAGGCUUUGACUCCCCCAACCUGCUGGCCAUGAUGGAGGAGAACGACAUCAAAUCGGUGGCUCCCAACCUGGGGCAGGCCCGCGUGCUCUCCCGCAUCGCCCACAACUACAGGGCAGAAAUGCAGCUGCAGAGGCAGGAGCGGAGGAGCGGGGCGCUGCGCCCCAGGACCCGCUCCAACAGCUUCAGCCACCGCAGUGAGUUGCCGAGUGACUACGGGGCACCCCUGGGCUUGGGGCCCACCGUGGAUGGCUCUGCUGCCCCGCACCCUCCACCUCCACUGCAGCCCGUCUCCCCGAGAGGGGUGGAGAUCCAUCGCCGGCCAUCCAGCGCCCCGACCCAGCACCUGCUGGAGACCACCACCUACCCUGUCUCUGCGGGGGCUCCUCCGGUGCCACCCUUCCUCCCUGGUUCUGGAUACAACACCCCCCUGCCUUGCACCACGCACUCGCGUCCAGCCUCCGUGUACUCUGCUCCAGCCGGCACUCCCAUGACCCCGGCCAACCCACACGCCAGCCCCAAAACAGCCUACCCCACCACCUACACUGUGCCCAUGGAGCUGAUGAAGAGGGAGAGGACAGCAGCAGCAUCACCGGCGCCCAGCCCACACGGCAGCCCACAGCUCCUCCGCCGGCCGGGGCCUCCGGGGGACAGCAGCCUGGCACCCGCCGGACCCGCUUUCCCUGCCCAGCUCUCCCCCUACGCGAAGCUCAGCAGGCGCACGGGGCCCCCCGUCAUCGUCUCCACCAUGGCAUCGCCCGAACCAAGUAUUCGCCCUCAAAUCAUGAAUGGCCCCAUGCACCCCCGGCCCCUGGUGGCACUGCUGGACGGGAGGGACUGCACGGUGGAGAUGCCCAUUUUGAAGGACCUGGCCACGGUUGCAUUCUGUGACGCACAAUCAACUCAGGAGAUUCACGAGAAGGUAUUAAAUGAAGCUGUGGGGGCGAUGAUGUACCACACCAUCACACUGACUCGAGAAGAUCUAGAGAAGUUCAAGGCCUUACGGGUCAUUGUUCGGAUAGGCAGCGGCUACGACAACAUCGACAUCAAAGCUGCAGGGGAGCUUGGGAUCGCCGUCUGCAACAUCCCCUCGGCGGCCGUGGAGGAGACGGCCGACUCCACCGUCUGCCACGUCCUCAACCUCUACCGGCGGAACACGUGGCUCUACCAGGCGCUGCGGGAAGGCACGAGGGUGCAGAGCGUGGAGCAGAUCCGGGAGGUGGCCUCGGGAGCUGCCCGCAUCCGUGGCGAGACGCUGGGGCUCAUCGGCUUUGGUCGCACGGCGCAGGCGGUCGCUGUCCGAGCCAAGGCGUUUGGCUUCAACGUGAUAUUUUACGACCCGUACCUGCAGGAUGGGAUUGAGAGGUCCCUGGGAGUCCAGCGGGUCUACACGCUCCAGGACCUGCUCUAUCAGAGCGACUGUGUCUCCUUGCACUGUAACCUGAACGAGCAUAACCACCACCUAAUCAACGACUUCACGAUCAAGCAGAUGAGGCAGGGAGCGUUCCUGGUGAACACGGCGCGCGGGGGCCUGGUGGACGAGAAGGCCUUAACCCAAGCCCUGAAGGAGGGACGGAUACGAGGGGCUGCGCUCGACGUGCACGAGUCCGAACCCUUUAGUUUUGCUCAAGGCCCGUUGAAAGAUGCCCCAAAUUUGAUCUGUACUCCGCACACGGCUUGGUACAGCGAGCAGGCCUCACUGGAGAUGAGAGAAGCUGCUGCUACUGAAAUCCGGCGUGCCAUCACAGGGCGCAUCCCAGAAAGCCUAAGAAACUGCGUGAAUAAGGAAUUCUUUGUCACAACAGCUCCGUGGUCAGUAAUAGACCAGCAAGCGAUUCAUCCAGAGCUCAAUGGUGCCACGUACAGGUAUCCACCUGGGAUGGUCAGUGUGGCGCCAGGAGGAAUACCAGCAGCUAUGGAGGGCAUCAUUCCUGGAGGCAUCCCUGUCACUCACAACCUUCCCACAGUGGCCCAUCCUUCCCAAGCUCCAUCUCCUAACCAGCCCACAAAACACGGGGACAACAGGGAACAUCCCAACGAGCAAUAGCAGAUAAUUUAAAAACCAUUCAAUAAACUUGGGACCAAGAGACAUUGGAAGAGAAGUUAUACAUGAACUUAAAAAAAAAAGGAAUUUGAUACUAAAUUUGUAAUGUUGAUUUUUGGACAGACGCAUCAUUGAUGUUCCAGUGUUACCAACCACGCGAGAGCAGUCAAGACUGGGGAGAAGCCCUGAGGAAGGCACCUGCUUCCUGAAGUGCUGGAAAAAAAAAAAAAGAAAAAAAAAAGAAACUAGGAUGUGAUACAUUAAUGAUCAACUUCUGUUCUUGUGUGUUAAGUUUCCUUCAUCUGUGCAUCAAUCACAUGAAUAGUUUUUCCCUCAGUUCCUUGGGAAGGACAGGGCUUCCGCACCUGUUUUCAAACCACUGCAUCCAGCAAUCCUUACAGAGCUAACACAGAAAUGUAAGAGGAAACCAUUAUGUGGCUUCAGCCCUUUCCUUACUCUUGUAUCUGGUUACCUCUUCUAAGGGGAGCCACCAGUACUGGCUUAGAAGUGGAAACAAAACAAAAAUGUAAUAAUAAUCCUUUUUUGCAGUCUCACAGGGCCACAGAAGUUCUCCUGCCAGGUUUAAAGUGCAGCCAUUCCAGCUGGGAUCUGUGGGAUGGGGAGAGCAGAAAGGGCUCCUGGCAACAGCCUCUGUCCUCCCCAGCUUAAAAAAAACAAACAAAACCAAACAACAAACCACCACCAAUCUGCCAGGCUCUUCUCUGCCCAACACACUGAAUAAAGUAGCUGUGCAUUCACCUACGCCCUGCAAUGAUGCAAGAAAAAAAAAAUAAAAAAAAGGAAAAAAAAAAAGACCAAAAAAAAAAGAAGAAAGUAUUAAGUUUCACACACUAUUUGUACUCAAAUAUAUUUUCUCAGUUUUAAAUCUGCAGCUAUUUUAUCAAGUGGAAAAAAAGUCUUGAGCUGGAAAGGGUUCAAGAAUAAUGUUGCAUUUCCUUAUGUCUCAGGAAACACUUUUUAUGGUAACUUGUCAGACUGUCUAUGAACAAAACCCACUUUUUUAGACAUUGAUAAAAAGUCUUCUUCACAUGAUAUUUUAUACAAGAACACUUCAAAAAAUGUGUUAUUAGAUGUGACUGAUUUUAACAAAUCCUAUUAGAUUUGUAUCAACUAGUUACAUGUUAUAUUCAUAGUCUUUUGUGAAUCAUCGCCUUUUGUUUUUAAAAAGAUGGCCUAUUUUGAGCCUUUGUAUGGGUACAUUCCUGUUUCUGUGACAAGAAAAAAAAAAAAAGGAAAGAAAUCUUAAGCUGUCCCAAACAGAAAAAAAAAAGAGAAACAAAACCAAUGGCUAUCAGCAGUAUGUUUUGUUUUAGUGUGUUACCGUUAUUGUGUUUGUUUAUUGUAAAGGUGGACAUUUAGCGUUCAGUGCAGUUUUCAAUAAAAAGUGAUAAAAUUUCUGUAAUUUCUGAAA